AUGGUGGAGAGGGUAGCAGCAGCUCCAAGUACAGCAGGUCUGUGUCUAUGCCGGAGAGUCCCGGGACGCCGCCGACGCCGGGAACGCCGUCGCCGACGGGGAAGAAGGAGAACGUGUGGAGGAGCGUGUUUCAUCCGGGGAGCAAUCUGGCCACUAAGACCAUCGGCUCCAACUACUUUGACAAGCCAAGCCCAAACUCCCCCACUGUCUAUGACUGGCUGUACAGUGGGGAGAGUAGGAGCAAACAUCGCUGA